UACUUGUCACUCGUCAGUGCUGUCACACCUCACGCCAGAUGCAUUUUACUGGUCUGUGGUCUCAUGAUCUGUGAGACGCAUCACGCAACACAUCGGCACUCAUCAGUGUAAUUUUGUUUUAUUGACCGUAAUAUUGAUACUUUUGUAUACUACUAGCAUUUGUGAAUUAAGAAUUAAGUAUAAAAAUGGAAGAUAAAUACGACAAAAAUGGAUACAACAGCAGUGAUUUUAAACGGAACGCCGGCCAAGAUGGUCCAACUCCAGGGGAACACGAUCAAGAUGGCGAACCGAAAAUCAAUGAAAAAGCCGGCGAAUAUAUUCGAGAACUGUUAAGCGAGAAGAUUAAACUCAAUGUGGGAAAGUUCCCAGUGUCAACCAGACUGAUUGACCAGGAGGUAUCAAAAGUACAAUCGACUGGCAGGAUACCAGCAAAGGAUCUGAAGUAUGUUGACGUCUACAGGGAGAAGCCGGCCAAAGUUGUUGUCAAAGUGCUGGUGCCUAUUAAGGAACAUCCAAAGAUCAACUUCAUAGGCAAAUUGUUGGGCCCAAAAGGCAACACCAUGAAGCAGCUUCAAGAGGAGACCAUGUGCAAGAUGGCUGUGCUUGGAAGGGGGUCAAUGAGGGAUAGACAGAAGGAAGAAGAGCUUCGAAACUCUCUGGACCCAAAGCACGCUCACCUCUCAGACGAGCUUCAUGUGGAGAUAUCAGCAGUCGCACCUCCAGCCGAGGCCCAUGCAAGGAUUGCAUAUGCACUGGCAGAAGUCAAGAAGUACCUCAUUCCAGACCCCACUGAAAUGAUGAGGCCGCCGCCGCAUAUGCACCGCGACAUUAUGGAGAGAGAAGCGCCGCAGCACGUCCCGCCCCGCCCACCGCGCCCGCCCACCGCCCCGCGUAUGCCGCCCCAGACGAUGCGACCGAUGCCGCCAAAGAACAAGGUGUUCAGUAUUCUUGACAGGGCCCGCACGGCCAUGGAGGAGUCGUACCCGUACGAAGACCCGUAUGCAGCUCAGGAGCCGCCCGUUAGACAGGUACCGCGAGGCCUGCCGCGCGCCCCCGAGCCCGACUACUACAGCUACGAGCGCAGCCAGGAACACCGCUUCUACGAGGACGACAGCAGCUACUACAAGGACGAGCCCCGCGAGUACAAGGCCUCAGCCCGCGACGUGGGCACCCGCCGUCCGGGCCCGGGGCCCUCGCACGCACGCCACUACGCCCGCGCGUCGCCGUACCAGCGCGCGCCCAAGUAGUACCUCAACUAACAGCCGUAACAUCUAAGAAACGCUCUGAGUAAGUACCUACUGGUGAUUAAUAAAUUACUCCAUCUAAACCUGAACACUAAACAAAACAAGCAAAAAGUUGGAGCCAAAUACCUUCAACAAAAAGAAGAUACAAACUUAUGUAAUAAUCUAAAUGUGGGACGAGAUAUUUCAAAGAACCAUUGGUAUAUUACCAAUAAAAUAUGUACUUUGACCAUAAAACUGCACGUUUAUAUUAAAAUACCAUAAUUUUAAAAUGCAAAUCAAAUAUAUACUAAAAUUGCAACCUAUUUCACUAAAGCAAUAACUACAGUGCAUUAAAUAAUGCACAUACGCAAUAUUCUUAUAUAAAUUAAUAAUAAUCUAAUUCUUAGAAUGGUAGUUAUUUUAAAGAAAAAAAACUUUAUUUUUUAACUUUUAACUGAAAAAAAACUUCUGUAAUCUCUAUGGUGACAAUUAUAAAAUGGAAUUUUUAAACAUUU